UUUUAACAAGCGCCUUUUAUUUGGCUAUUGGAGAGGGUCGAGGGGUUGGACUGAAACGUGUUGAGAGGAUCGGGGAGUCUCUGCAAAGGAGAGAGAUCCCUACAGUAGUUUUGAUUGCUUGGAAUCAGAGGGGAACAGCCAACAGCAAUCAUGCCAAGGAAGAGAACCAAAACGUCUACAGCAGCUUGUCAAAAAGGCAAAGAGACCAUUGAAGAAUCCACCAGUGACAUGGAAAUGGGAAAAGAUGAUGCACAUCCCGGUAAACUGUCUCAGCAAGCAGCCUUAAAUGAGGAACUUGCUAAUCGAAGUUUAGAAGAAAUUUUGAGUAGCAUCUCUCCUCCCCCACCACCAGCAAUGACCAAUGAAGCUGGAGCUCCUCGCCUCAUGAUAACUCAUAUUGUAAACCAGAACUUCAAAUCCUAUGCUGGGGAGCAAAUUCUGGGACCUUUUCAUAAGCGCUUCUCAUGUAUUAUUGGGCCAAAUGGCAGCGGAAAAUCCAAUGUAAUUGAUUCAAUGCUUUUUGUAUUUGGAUAUCGGGCACAAAAAAUCAGAUCCAAAAAGCUCUCUGUGCUGAUCCACAAUUCUGACGAACACAAGGACAUCCAGAGUUGUACUGUGGAAGUACACUUUCAAAAGAUCAUUGACAAGGAAGGGGAUGAUUAUGAAGUCAUUCCUAACAGCAAUUUCUGUGUAUCUAGAACUGCCUACAGAGAUAAUUCUUCUGUCUACCAAAUCAGUGGGAAGAAAAGCGCAUUUAAAGAUGUUGGUAUUCUACUUCGAAGUCAUGGAAUUGACCUGGACCAUAAUAGAUUUUUAAUUUUACAGGGAGAAGUUGAACAGAUUGCAAUGAUGAAACCAAAAGGCCAGACUGAACAUGAUGAAGGUAUGCUCGAAUAUUUAGAAGAUCUAAUAGGAUCAGGACGGUUGAAAGAGCCUAUUCAAGUUUUGUGUCGCAGGGUUGAGACAUUAAAUGAACAGAGAGGGGAGAAGUUAAAUAGAGUUAAAAUGGUAGAGAAAGAAAAGGAUGCCUUAGAAGGAGAGCGAAACAAAGCCAUUGAAUUUCUUACUUUGGAAAACAAAAUGUUUAAGGAAAAGAAUCACAUUUGUCAGUACUACAU